AUGGGCAAAAUACCACCUGGCUUACUGGAUGGUGUUAUUAGCAUUUUUGGUGAUUACGACCAGUGCUUAAGCAUACGUAGCGGAUACAGUAGUCCCAGUGAUGCUGUUUAUGGCAAAUACUGUCUCAUACGGCCUGUCAUACCACUGAAUAAUGCAAACGAUUUGUUAAAUUUCAAGGGUUUGGAUAUAUUAAACAACGAGACAAAUGCCAGGAUUAAAGACAAAAUUAAGCAGGAUAUAAAUAAAAUCAAAAUGCUCGUGUCUAGCAAUACAGUAACUUCCAAAAUAUAUGCUUUUCAUUACGGCAUUUGCAUACCAUCUCAAUGCGGGGCACGGGAUGUCGAAAAGGUGUUAAACACAGUAUUCAAUCCGAUAAUACCGAUACCCAUAGAAGUGGGCCCUAAAUGUAAUGUCAUAACGGAUACUACCGAAUGGAAUGCCUUUUAUAUCGCAAUACUGUAA